CCUUUUUCAGAUCAGCAUUUUCAUGACCCACUUGUCCAACUACGGGAACGACCGGCUGGGCUUAUACACGUUUGUGAAUCUGGCCAACUUCGUGCAGAGCUGGACCAACCUGCGACUGCAGACUCUGCCCCCGAUGCAGCUGGCCCACAAGUACUUUGAGCUGUUUCCUGAUCAGAAAGACCCUCUCUGGCAGAAUCCUUGUGAUGACAAACGCCACAGAGACAUUUGGUCUAAAGAAAAAACCUGUGAUCGCUUACCAAAAUUCCUGGUAAUAGGACCUCAGAAAACUGGUACCACUGCUUUGUACUUGUUCCUGGUUAUGCAUCCUUCCAUCCUUAGUAACUCCCCCAGCCCAAAAACCUUUGAGGAGGUACAGUUCUUUAAUAGAAAUAACUACCACAGGGGGAUUGAUUGGUAUAUGGAUUUCUUCCCAGUCCCGUCGAAUGCCACCACGGACUGCCUGUUUGAGAAGAGUGUCAAAUACUUCCACUCCGAGGAAGCCCCUAAAAGAGCAGCCUCUCUGGUCCCCAAAGCCAAGAUCAUCACAGUUCUUAUCGACCCCUCAGACCGGGCCUACUCCUGGUACCAGCAUCAGCGAUCGCACGAGGACCCCGCCGCUCUGCAGUUCAGCUUCUACGAGGUGAUCUCGGCCGGGCCCCGGGCGCCCUGGGAGCUGCGGGUGCUGCAGAAGCGCUGCCUGGUGCCGGGCCGGUACGCCAGCCACAUCGAGAGGUGGCUCGUCCACUUCCCGCCCUUUCAGUUGCUGAUUAUUGAUGGGCAACAGCUAAGAACUGACCCUGCUACAGUGAUGGAUGAAGUCCAGAAGUUUCUAGGAGUCUCUCCUCAUUAUAACUACUCGGAAUCUUUAACGUUUGAUUCACAUAAAGGUUUCUGGUGUCAGCUAUUGGAAGAAGGUAAAACAAAAUGCCUUGGAAAGAGCAAAGGAAGGAAAUACCCUCCAAUGGAUUCUGAUAGCAGAGCAUUUCUGUCAAGCUACUACCGAGAGCACAACGUGGAGCUCUCGAAGCUGCUGCACAGACUGGGGCAGCCGCUGCCGUCCUGGCUCAGACAGGAGCUGCAGAAGGUGAGAUAG